CACGGAGAGAAAGCGGUGCGCCCGGCUGCUCCCACACAUUCACGCUCUCAGAAGCAGGGAAGCGCAGAGCGUGGCAGAGCUCGGGGAUCCUUCAGUGUGUUUUCACUUGCAUGAACACAACCGUAGACCCCCCAGGAUCUAAAGAUGUGGACAGAAGUCGGAAAGCUUGUGCUAUUAUAUUUGUUACUCAUGGAGCUCCAUUGCGCUAAAGGAGCUCAUACGGAGUCAGAGUGUGAAACCGGGCAGUUUCAGUGCAAGAACGGACGUUGCAUCCCAACCCUGUGGAGAUGUGAUGAUGAUGAUGACUGCACAGACAGCAGCGAUGAGGAGAACUGUCCAAAGAAGACGUGUGCAACCACAGACUUUGCCUGUAAGAAUGGACAGUGUGUUCCUGCUAGGUGGCGCUGUGAUGGCGAGCAAGAGUGUGUAGAUGGAUCCGACGAGGCUGAUGCAAUCUGCAGCCGAGAGACCUGUCCAGUAGGGAAGUUUGAUUGCGGAGGGACUGCAAGCAAAUGUGUUUCGUUGUCAUGGCGAUGCGAUGGAGAGAGGGACUGUGAAAACGGGGCAGAUGAGGAGCAGUGCGCUGCAGAUGCCAAGGCAUGCCCCUCCAAAGAUUUCCAGUGCCGUAAUGGAAAGUGCAUUGCACCAGUUUUUGUGUGUGAUGGUGACAAUGACUGUGGGGAUGCCAGCGAUGAGGAGGAGUGCUCAGCUCCCACCUGCGGCCAGCACGAGUUCCGUUGCAAUGACUCUGAGUGUAUCCCUGCUGUGUGGAGCUGCGAUGGCGACCUGGACUGCAAGGACAAGUCAGACGAGUCCAUGGAGCACUGCAGCCGCAGGACAGAGCCCCAGAAACCUCACUGUCCCGUGGGCGAGUUCCAGUGUGGCAGCGGGGAGUGUGUGCGCAUGAACUGGAAGUGUGAUGGAGACACAGACUGCAAGGAUAAAUCGGAUGAAGCAAACUGUCCAUUGCUUACAUGUCAGCCUGAUGAGUUCCAGUGCGGCGAUGGUUCCUGUAUCCACGGCACCAAGCAGUGUAAUAAAGUUCAUGACUGUCCUGAUUACAGUGAUGAAGCCGGCUGCGUUAACCUUACAAAGUGUGAUGGGCCAAGAAAGUUCCGCUGUAAAAAUGGGGAGUGUAUUGACAGCAGCAAAGUGUGUGACAAUGUGAAAGACUGCAAGGACUGGUCUGACGAACCUAUCAAGGAGUGUGGCCUGAAUGAGUGUGCAGACAAUAAUGGCGGCUGCUCCCACAUCUGCAGGGACCGGAGAAUUGGUUACGAGUGCGACUGUCCCUCUGGGUACAAACUCCUGGACAAAAAGACUUGUGGAGAUAUAGAUGAAUGUGAGAACCCAGAUGCCUGCAGUCAGAUCUGCAUCAACUACAAAGGAGAUUAUAAGUGUGAGUGCUACGAAGGCUACGAGAUGGACCCUGCCUCUAAGACCUGCAAAGCUGUGGGAAAGAGUCCAUACCUGAUGUUCACCAACCGUCAUGAGAUUCGUCGCAUUGACCUGCUGAGGAGUGAAUACACACAGGUGGUUCCCACGCUGAAGAACGCUGUGGCCCUAGAUGUAGACGUUGCCACUAACAAGAUGUUCUGGUGUGAUCUAUAUCAUCGUAAAAUAUACAGUGCUUACAUCAACAAGGCUAGUGACUCAUCACAGCAAGUGACGCUCAUCGACUCGCUCCACUCUCCCGAGGGCCUGGCUGUCGACUGGGUCCACAAGAACAUCUACUGGACCGACUCGGGAAACAAAAGCAUCUCUGUUGCCACGGGAGAUGGCGGGAAGAGGAAAGUGCUGAUAGCCACAGAGCUGAGCGAGCCACGGGCCAUUGCUGUGGACCCACACCAAGGGUUUAUGUACUGGUCAGACUGGGGAGGUCAGGCCAAAAUUGAGAAGGCUGGGAUGAAUGGAGUGGACCGACAAGUUCUGGUGUCUCAACACAUCGAGUGGCCCAAUGGAAUCACCCUGGACUUGUCCAACAGGCGUUUGUAUUGGGUAGACUCCAAGCUGCACCUGUUGUCCAGCGUGGAUCUGAAUGGAGACAACCGAAAAGUGUUGCUGUCCUCCCAUCAUCACCUGGGACACCCAUUUGCCCUCACUGUGUUUGAGGAUCGUAUAUAUUGGACGGACUUAGAAGACGAAGCGAUAUACAGCGCCAACCGACUGACGGGCCGUGAUGUGGCAAAGGUCGCCGAGCACCUCAAUAACCCUCUGGACCUGGUGGUGUUUCAUGAACAGAAGCAGCCCAAGGGUCCAGACACCUGUAAUAUGGGGAGUUUGCCUAACGGUGGCUGCGAGUACCUGUGUCUGAAAGCCCCUCAGAUCACGGAGCACUCCCCCAGGUACACCUGCGCCUGUCCGGACGGCAUGGAGCUGGGACCAGACAUGAGACGCUGUGCUGUAGUUCGACCCAGAACAACCACAACAGCUGCUCCAGACACCACCACCACAACAACAAGCACUACAACUAGCACAGCUGUUAGUACCACCACAGCCCUCCCUGCCACCACCCCCACAAGCACCACCACCUCCUCCUCUGCUGCUGACAAACUCAGGCCCACAACCAGACGCCUGACGAUGCAGGCCCCUCCUCAGACACCCAGGAGCACCUCUACGGAGCAGCCUCGGAUCCCCGCUGCCACAAGUACAGAGGCGACGAGUUUCAGUAGCACGACUCAGACCUCGACAUCCACACACACACCUCUGUUAGGCCCAGCAGCCCCCAACAGCAUUCAAAGAGAGAGCAACAGCAACCUCUCACACAGAGCUGCAAGUGAUCACUACCUCAUAGGUAACAACAUCACAGUAGCUGUUCUGGGGAUAGUCAUUCCCAUCGUCCCUAUCCUUGCCACAGUGGUCAUUGGAAUUCUCUGCACCGGUGGAUACCUGGUUUGGCGCAACUGGCGGCGCAAGAACACAAAGAGCAUGAAUUUCGACAACCCUGUUUACCGCAAAACUACAGAGGACGACGACGAUGAGAUCCACAUCGGUCGACACAGCGAGUCCAUUGGUCACGUCUACCCAGCGUUGUGGGCCAGCCACAGUCAGCCAUUCAUAGCGCUCCCUCUAGGGGGUGGCAUCACAGACAGCAACUCUCACUGGUACUCAGGGGCACCGAUGCUCUCCAGCAGCAAAUGAGAAAAGCUGCCGAGUAAAGGAAGGAGUUUGCGUUAUUUGGGAAGAUGCACUGGGUUUUGGACACGUAGGCCUGGUAGAAAGAGAGAACAGGCUUGCAUAUGCACACACCCACACACUCAUACAUCAUAUUUGCGGUAAUCACCAAUCACACACACACCUUUGACUGGUACGCCAUGUUCACUUCGUUCACCUUCAUUGAUCAUAAUCAUACAGUACAUUCAUUUAUCAAAACCACAUCCUUUUCACCAACCUGCCAUCCCAUUUAUUAGUACAUUGUGUUAGGUUGGGAGACGUAUCUUUUUUUUAAUACGCCCUGUUUCCAGACAACACUACAUAUAGACACAUAAAUGCUUUUUCAUUCUUUUCAACAUGAUCAGUAGACAACAGAAAAUACAUAUGUGCCACUAGAAAGCAUGCUUGUCAAAAAGGAAUUUUUAUGUUUCGUUCUUAUUUUUUUUGCUGAAAAUGAUAACAAAGGGUCCUCCAGAUAUUAGAGGGGCACUGAAGCUUAAACAAUUACAGUCUUCUUGAUGCAGUAUGGUUUAUACAACAGAGAGGUGCAUGCAGUGGCAUUUGUUUAUUAGUUGAACAAAGGUUAUUUUAGUUUACAAAUGCCUCUGAGGAGAAAGACGACUACAGUAGCUUUAUAGUCACCACAGAGAGGUGAGUGAAAGGACAGCAGAGCACAGGACCAGAUCACUCUGCCAAUAAACUGGAUUUUUAGAGUGGAUAGUAACAUUAUGACAUUGCCCUCCCUAUAUGAUUUUUUUUUUCCAUUUACAGUGUAAAUAAGAUGUGAAAGAUAAAAAGCAAGCACAAAUUGGAACCAAGGACAGUUGAAAAUUGGAUUUAUCGCUCACCAUGAAUCUCUGUAUCAGUACCAUCUUACUUGCCCAUCGAUGUAGAUGGUGAUGAUGUAGAUGGAAAAUCAUUUAUUGAGCACAAAGCGGCAUUUUCUAGAUACUGUCCGGACUAUGCCAGCUGUGAUUUACACUCAUAUACACUUAAAUGUAGAGGAAGUGUGUCAUCAGGACACUUAUUGAAUAUAUUUGUUGUUUUAGGUGUCAGAGAGUAGGCAGGGAAGGGCAGCCAAAAAGGAUUAUUGGGGGGAUGGGAGCCCAUAAUGCUUUGAUCGGUUGGCAUGGUAACACAGAUUUCUUUGUGUUGCUCUGGAGAGAAAAGAGGCAAAGAAUUCUGGGUAUCAUUGGCAUGAUGACAAGCUAGAAACACAUACUCAUAUACGCACACAAAACAGGUGCACAACUGUGUUACAUUAAGAUUCAAGGUCAAAGUAACAAGCAGUGAAGGGCUGUAGAGAGGAUACUAUGUUCUCUCUCUUGUCUCAGCAUGUUAUUGUUUACUUCUGCAUAAAUCUCUUUUAAUGUCUUUUUAUGUUUUUACUCCUUUUCUUCCUCUCCUGUCCUCUUCUUUCCUUUCCUUUCCCUUUGUAGCAAUGCAGAUAGAAAUUAGGCUGGCAUUAUGUGGGCCAGACAUUUGCAGCUGUAGGCAGGCAUCCUGCAUUCCUCGCAUAAAAACAGUCAAAGAAGGAGGGAAUGAACAAGGAAGGGAAAAUGGAAAGAGGAGAAGAGGAUGGUCAGAGAAGGGAGGGAGAAGUGAGGACUGCAAAAAGGAAAGGAAAGAAUGGAAAUGUGUGGACCUGCCAUUUCUGGGGUUCCAUCUGGGUUCUUUGUUUCUCCUCAGUUCUUCUGCUGCUCUGUUUUCUCUCUCACUUCUCUCUGUCUCCCCUUCAUCAGCCUACUGUGGUAACAGUUUUUUUUUUAUCUGCUGUUUGCAGCGCGUGGCACUCAGUGCAGAGGAUGAUGGCUUUCCCUGAGGUGGGGUAGCAGCAUUACCCCCACCCCCGCUAAAAAACAAAAUCCCAUUCUGGCCCCUCCUCUCACCACAGCCUCGACACCACUACAGUGAGGCCAGUACAACGCAGAGGAGAAAGAGGAGUCUUCAUUUUGCCCCUUUUAAGGAGCAGGGAUGACAUGUACUUCUUGUAAAACCCCUCUUCCUUUCCUUCUUUCUCUAAUGGAGUAACAUUACUACCACUACUAGCUACUAUACUACUUGCUACGUGCUAGUUGCCAGUAUCCUCUGUUCCACUCCUCUCUUCUCUCUGCCACUUGUUAGCAGUAGUGGUGUGUUAAAAGGUGCUCGAUGAUUUUUUUUUUUUCUUCCCCCAAACUAACCUCGUUCCACUAUACAUUGUAAAUACAAGGCUAUGUGGCCACCGUACACAAGGAAAAAGCCAGCAUGCAUUCUUUUUAAUUCCUCAUAUUCUGAGUAUUUAUUUGUUUGUGUUUGCUGUUGUAAAUAUGUAACCAGCCCCUCUCAGUGUAUAGUACUAAAAGCAGGUUUGCAAGGAUAUACAGUACUUUUAUUUAUAAUGCCCCUUACACCUUGAUUUGAUGUGACAGAUUUUUUUAAAAGGGUGAAUAUCUUUUUGUCACACCCAGGACCUCAGAUUUGCUCCUUGACAUACAGUAUGUAGGGAGGCAAAGCUAAAUAUAGCCAAGGGGACAGGGGACAGAAAAUAUUAUGGGGUUGCUGCCAGAGGCAAAUAGCAGCAGGGCAGAAGAGGCCAAGGAUUAUGGGUAAUCCUCGCUCCAGGCAUCAGGUGUAUGCAUUUGAACUUGGGAUUGUUUGAUAAGAUGCAGUUUGUGUUAGGAUUCAUGCAUUUGUUUCUAAUUUUUGUUUAUGUUUGUGUCUGCUACCAUCAGUUUUAUGCAGGUAAAAAUGACUUCCAGACAGCAGAGAGUAAUUUAGGUCCUUCCUUUCUUUUGACAUAUGAGGUACUAAGGUCUGUGAAUUCCAACCCUAAGAUGCACACAAAACAUCUUUCCUUUUAAUUAUUAUUUUAGUAAUUCAAAAGACUCAAUGUAUUUUUUUUUUUUUGUUCGGUAUUUGGAUCCAUUUAAAUUCAUAGUUGCAGAUCCUGUAUUGGAAUCCUGUUGAUAUAUAAGACAAUGAACGAUAAAGUAAGGUCAUCCAGGGUAUCAGAGAUUCUGCACAGCAACACCAGUUUUAUUUUUGAGUAUUACUAUCCAAAAUGAAGAUUCUGUUUUAAAACAUAUACCAAUGUUGAAUCAAAAAGUGCUAGGAUGCAGAGUAGGAGGAAAUGAAAAGAGAUGACAGAAACAUACUGUAUAUAUUGUUUUGAGCUACUGACAAAUAUUAUCAAUAGUCUGAAUUGUAUGAGUUGAAGUGUGAGUUUUAUCUGUCUACUGUAUCUUCGGCUCAUAGUCUUUAACACUACGUCACUUUUAUGGUUAUUGUCUCUCAAAAUAUCACUUUCCCAUUGAAUUGACAUCAGAGCUUAAAUGCUAAACACAGACGUUAGCGUUUGAACUUGAGCACUUCUAAACAUCACUCCGUGUCUCAGCGGCUAUGCGGCGCUGGUUUUAGUGAUUCAGAGCCUGACAACUGCUCCAUCUUUCCACCCCUUUUUAACAACAGAGCUGUGUGUUUUCUGGAGGAGACGGUGCCGAACAAAUGCCCACAUUUAGAUGGAAUCAUUUUCUGCUGUCACCGACUGUUCAGUGUGAUUGUGAGCAGCAUUGUUUUGCAUGAACACGAGUAAUACACGGAGGCUGAGUGAGCCGAGUGCUGAUUUGAUUUGAUAGCUGGAUAGAGAGGAAAUGUGUAAACCAGCGUAAACAGUUGAUCUUCCAUUGGCUCGCCACAGACAUGCUUCCAGCCCACUGAAUCAAAUGGAAUUUAUGCACAGUGAAUAUUGCAAUAAUUGCUCAUAAUGUGUUAUGGCAGAAUAACAUGAUAGCUGUUAUGGCAAAUUAAUAGCUCUUUGACUGAGGAUGUCAUUUAGCUUCAAUUAAGGGCUUUUUGACUGUCAAGCAUGCAUACAUGUAAUACAGUAAAUAAGGUAUAAAGCAGUUUUACAUUGGCUAUAUACAUAUGGUAUAACACUUGUCUUCCAUUCUUAGUGACAAAUUCAAACAAUGUUUCAUUUUGGCUGAGCUGGGCUAAGAAGUCCUUUUGUUUGUCACAUCCUCAGUCUAUUCAAGAACCUGAUAUAUGCCUGAAUUGCAAGCAAAAAAAGUAUAUAAUGCAAACAUUGAAGUCUUCCAACAUACUCAGUACAGACUCAGCAUUUCUAUUUAUCCAGCUACACAGACAGCAAGUGCAUACAUUUGAUUGCUGUUUUCACAGUUCUCGAAGUUUGUUGGAGAGGUUUUAACAGUGUAGGUGUUUGGGUAUCCACCAGGGACGAAAACAGACAAAGUAGGCAGUAAAUCACUGCCAGGAUUUAGACUAGCCCAUAUGCAAGCAGGCUUGUAUUCAGAAGAUGAAUGGUGGAUCAUUUAUUUAGCUGGAUUUCUGCUGAUAUUGUGUUGUUGUAUUUUGAUACCCACUCCCCUCACCUCCCUCAGAAGGAUGCAACUCUUUCCUCUCAGUUGCACGUGAUGCGCAGUGGGCGAUUUUCUGUACUGUAUGUGACAAGUGGCAUCCUAGACAGGUAGAUUGAAGUCCUCAUCAGCACUGCACUCCCCUGCGUGUAGCUAAUGAAGCAGGAUUGAGCACAAGCGGGAGUCCAUCUCCUGCCGUAGUAACCUUGUAUAGAUGAAGCAAAAUCAAAUGCAUUACAAGGUGUGGAAGACUGGCUCAACUCAGCAGGACUGGACCGGUUUGGCGAGCUCCUGCGGUGUUUGGUUUUUAGGCAGGUUGUAGAAUUGCCAUGUACUGUAUAAAACAGUUUGAAUAAGCCCAGCUGCAUGUUGGAGUUAAAUGUGGUCACUUUUUAAUAUCAGCAGGCGGUGUGAUGACUGCGGUAAUUAUCAUUAAUGUUCACAAUUUCAGAUUUUUUCAUACUGAACCUGAAGGAAAGUGGAAGAUAAUGAUGAAAGAUGUCAUGAGUCUUUUGUUGUAUAGUUGCGAUUUUAGGAUUAAAGAAAUCGCAAACCCAAUGCUGGUUUGAAGUGUGCAUUGAGUCAGCUCUGCAUCUCACACCUUUCCUUUAUGGCAGUGUUUCCUUCAGACCUAGCAGAGUUCCAUACUGAGGGUUUGGAGCUGGGAGAAUAAAUUGCUUAUUUAUUGAGGUGACUGAGCGUGGUAUUGUAGAAAAUUUAUUACCGUUACAGUCUAAGGACAGAUUGACAGGUGCACUUUGUGGCCACCUUGAAAGCAGCCAUAUUCACUGAAGGACGCUUAAAAACUCUAGAAAGGGCCUUUUGUCAUUCAUGAUAUAGUAGGUACUGUAGUAUUUGUGCUAGUACACUCCAUCAGCAUAGUCUUCUUAUCAGUCAGCCCCAUUAAGAACAGGCUACAGCCACACAGUAAAGAUCCGAGCACUCUCUUAUUCUGAAAAGGUCAGUGGAGGUUAUUCGGUUAUUGUAAUACAGGUACUAUGUUGUACAGGCAUUUGAGAUUCUUUCUCCAGGCUAGUGUUUUGUCUGUUAACUUAGUUGAAGCCUUCAGUGUUAACCCACUAGCUGCUGCUUUGGAGAAAUGUUCAAUGUGAAACGGUAUCUUGCACAAGUUACUCAAACGGGAACGUAGAAAGUGUGGUAAAUUUAGCUUAUAAUACACUGUGUCUUGAAUUGAUUUUCAGGUACAUUUAUGCUGAAUUUAAGAUGUGCUUAAACACUAAAGAUCUACAGUAAAUCCAUUUGCACCAGCUGAGUUCUAACUUACCUGAAAAUGUAUGCAUCAGAAACUUGUAUGUAACUUACAUGGAGAUGAUGUUACGAAACAUUUAGACCCAUUAACUUAUUAUUAGUUGAUCAAAGCAAAUACUUAGUCCUGAUAACCUAUAAUCUAAUGUAACAAGCAGUGAAUGUAAUUAUAGUGUUCCUGAUUUGUGCUCCAUAGUUUUAACUGUCCUGUUGCUCGUCCUUUCUUCCUUCUGUGCACUGUUCUAAUCCCAGUCUUUUCUGAGCAGAGAAUCUAACAUGCUGCUUUAAUCAGGAUGCACUGACUGCUUUCUAACAUCACACACAUCUCUCCUACGAUGCACAGCUUCAUGCACUGUUUGUGAAUUAAUGCCAGGCGUGAGGCUUCAAGUGCUUCUGUGGUUGCUAUACUGCUGAGCAUUGCUUUCUCAGUGUGCACUCAUUGUCUUGCCCUCCCAUCUUCAUCUCAACCAUCGACAUCUUUCCUUUGGCAAGGGCUAUUGGUUUUUGGGUAGACAGACACACGCGCACUGUAAAAAAUGGGGAAAAACACUGGAGAAAAUACGCUCGAACCCCAGAAUUUACAAGGACACACCCCUUCUGGUUGUGAACCAGCGGGCCAUUGAACAAGCUCACUCAGCCAGGAGAAGCAUUCCCCAGCUUUGGCUCCAGUUUUGGACUUCCAUUCACUCUACUUGGCUGGCAUUUAACUCUUGUUGACCCAGUGACUUUCCUUCAUAAGCUGGUUCCUCUUAUUACCAUGUGGUUUUUGGACUGUUAACUGUGUAAGUGAGUUGUAAAGUAGUUGUUGCUCUUUCUUCCUCCUUUCUAAUCCAUUCCCAGUUUUGAUCUACUUGAUGUUUGAUUACUUGAAGUGCAAUGUUGCUGUUUCUACCCAUGUAAAAUGAAGGCUGGGGGAGAAGGUAGUAAUGGGAAAGUCUGUUUGUGUGAAUCCUUUAUUUGGGUUAGGAUGAUGAUGAUAUACAGGGGAACUUUUUGAAAAAACAGUUGUCACUGAUUUUACUUCAGCAGCGAUUAAGGUAGGAGAAAAUUACUGCAAACAUACAAACUACUGCUUUCAGUUUUUUGUUUUGUUUGUUGUAUUUUUUGUUUUUUGUUUUUUUGCUAAACUGUCUACCCACGUUUUUUGAAAAUGUUGCCGAUGAGUCAUUGCCCGCAAGAAAAUUUCAAAAACCAUUUGGGCCCAGUCCAUUCCACAGUCACACAACAGUCAUUUUUUUAUGCUGUUUGUUGCACAAAACUUUUCAAGAAGCCUUCUGCACUGUGUAAAGAGAUAACGUUCUUAGGAGGGGAACAAAUAAUGGGGGUGGGGGUUGAUGAUGAAGUCCAGUGGUUUUGAAUCAUGACUUGUAAAUAAGUUUUCAUACAGCAAAAACCUUUUGAUAAUGUUUUAAAUGUAACUGUAAAAAUGAUGUACAUAAACCUCCGGGGUAAAAACGAGUGUAGACUAUAUAAGAAUUUAUUUGAACGCAAGAGCACUGGAUUUCUUUACUACUUGAUUGUAACUAAAAAUUAAUAAUCUGCCAAAGUGUUUUUUUUUUCCUUUAUUUUUUUUAUUUUUUUUUUUAUUUUUUUUGCUUUGCUUUUUAACACUAUUGUAGUUUCUUAGUGUUCAUACUGUAUUUAAUUCUGUUGUUUUUUUUCCCUUUGAGGGGUUAUUUUAAUUUAUUGGUGCCUUGUUUUGUGCUCCUGUAUACUUUUAUUCUUUCUGUUUCUCUGUGCUAUGUGUCUGUUGGAGGGCAAGGAGGCGUAACUGGCGGUUGGUGAGGGAAGGGGAGGGGGGAGUUAAAAACUUAGCAACUUCUGUACUUACAUCCAUUAUCUGUACUGUAUGCCAAAAUGGUCUCACUCACGUUUCUAUGAAAUCAAGCUGUUGAUAAAUAUCUCUAUAUAUUGAUAUAUUAAAUUUCUAAAAACUG